UCCAAUCCCAGGCCAACCGGCCCAACCCUAAAUCCCUAAUCACCUAAUGCCCGCAGCACAAUUCGAGCCCUAGCUGCCUGCUGCCCAGCGUGACGAGCGUCUCUGUUCAGAGAGCCAGCACGAGAGGAGAGACUGACGGAGUGAGAGGCCCUUCAUUCUGGCCUUCUUCUUCGACCCUUCGAAGCCCUCUGGCCUUCGUGAGUUGGUCUUCCACACUGCGAACCAGCAGGAGCCCUUCGCGAGUUCGUCACUUCGUCAGGAGCUUCGCGAGUUCAUCGUGGACAUUUUCAUACCAGAAGGAGCUCCUCGCAAGCUCGUCUUUGAGCGUUUAUGAGUUCGUGAGUUCAUCUGCGUCGAAGUUCGAAUUUGCUCUUUGGUGUGCUUUUGGGGAGCUUUGGGUGUGCUCUUCUUUGGAGAUUUCUUACUGGAAGAGAUCUAUAGGCUUUGGAGCUGAAAGGAAGGGAAAACUCUUUGCAGGCGCGCUACUUUUGUUGUUGUGUGUCGUAUUUGGUUGGAAUAUAAUUCUAGAAUAUUCAACAGUUUCUGGCUCCUGUUUUGAUGUGGAGUAGGGUUCUUUCUCUGGCUUCCAUAUGGUGCUUUGCCUUUGGCUUGUUUCCUAUCUUGGCGAAGGCUGAUGUGUGACAGGAUCACUGGCUUUCACUUUUUUAGAUAGAACUCAGAAAAUGGUAGUGAGGAUUCGAUUGUCAAGGUUUGGAUGCAAAAACAAGCCCUUUUACAGGGUUAUGGCUGCUGACAGCAGAUCUCCCAGAGAUGGGAAGCAUCUUGAAGUUUUAGGUUAUUACAAUCCCUUGCCAGGUCAAGAUGGCGGUAAACGAAUGGGCCUCAAUUUUGAACGUGUUAAGUACUGGCUAUCAGUUGGUGCCCAGCCUUCAGAACCUGUGCAGCAAAUUCUCUUUAGAGCAGGAUUGUUACCUCCACCGCCAAUGGUCGCAAUGUCACGCAAAGGUGGGCCACGUGACACCCGUCCUAUUGAUCCUAUGACUGGGCGCUUCUUGACUAUGGAGGGUCCAGCCUCCGCGAACCAAUCGAAAGAUUCUGAGGCUGAAGAAGCUGAAGAUGACAGCACAAGUAGCCCUUGAAAAACUGAGGCACUGAAUGUAUUCACUUUUUGUUGAGCCCUUACAUUUCUUUGAAUUUGUAAUGGAACGUCCUCGUAAAGUGUUUAGCUCAUGGCUAUGUCCAUAUAUUUGUGGACGUGCCAUUUGCAAAUUACUUUUGUAAUUGUUGCAGUGGCAUGGUGAUGUUUGGGGGUAUUAGUAUUUCUCUUUGAUAACUGACAUUGCAAGAAUCUUCACUUUGAAAAAUUAUUUAAUUUAAUUUUUUAUGUUUUGUUUU